CAUAUCGAGUCACAGAAUGAUCCGAGCAACGACCCUCUGGUGCUGUUCAUCAAUGGUGGACCAUCGUGCAGUUCUGUGGCGGGCCUGCUAGAAGAAAUCGGUCCAUUUCGUGUGGAUGCGGACUCGAUGACCUUGGCUGAAAAUGUCUUUUCAUGGAAUAAGGUAGCUAACCUACUCGUCAUUGACCCGCCAAACGUCGGUUUCUCACCGGAACCCCCUUGGGGACAAGAAAACGACGACGAUCAUGUGGCAACAUCACUUGAAGCAGCUCUCACUGACUUCUUCAAUGUUUUCCCGGAACGACUCACCAACCGACUUUACUUGGCUGGUGAAGGCUACGGGUCGGUCUUCGUCACACGUAUAGCUUACCUGCUUUUGCAGAAACUGAGCACCGGGAAAUCGAACGCGAAUCUCCAGACGGAGAUCAAUGUACUGCCGAUCGCCUAUACAUGCGGAUCGAUGAUCUACGCUCGGCCUGCUGCCCGGGUCAAUCGACAUUGUCCUGCGAUUUCUACAACAGUCCCGAUCCGAUUUGCCAGAACAAAUCUCGAGCUGCGGUUUCAGGAUGGAUCGAUCAAGCAUGGCCGCCACAACAACUAUGGCUCAUCGGACCCUUGGAAUGGUUAUCCGUGCAGAGCCGAUAGCGACUCGUCGUAUUAUUUGAAUCACUUUUUAACGCAAAAAGCUCUUCAUACGGAUCUAACGCUGUUCGUCACUUGCUCGGCUUACCCGUACAACCAAAUGACUACGGACUUGACAGUGGAUUUGUCGAACGUCAUUAAUCAUAGCGUCUACAAAAGCCGUAAUAUGUCGAUCGUGUUUUAUAAUGGUGAUUUGGACACGGUGAACAAUUUUCUGAGUGCACAGAAUUUUCUCCGCAGUUUUAGCAGUGUUCAAGGAUUGAAGGUGACCAGGGAAGAUACGUGGAGAGCCAACUAUAAUCGCAGCGUCUACAUGGACACAGAAGGCGGUCUACGGACCACCUAUUCAGGCAAUAUUGACGUCCUUUCCAUCAGAGGUGCCGGCCAUUUCGUGCCGAAGUCACGUCCUGCUCAAGCUCUUCAAGUGUUGCGUAACUUUGUGAACGGCUUCAGCUACGAUAACUGUCUACAGGCAGUGAACCUCGCUGCUGCACCUCUCCUGGCCGAUUACAGCUACCUGAAUCCUCCUGUCUCAAGAAGGGACGCCGACAGGGAGCAAGGCACACGCGAUGGACGGAGUCACGAGUGUGGGCUCAAGCGAAAUCGGGUGCCUGGACCCUCUCGAGGCCUAUGGCUAUGGCCCAUGAACAGGAGUACCCGGUUCGCUCACGUCUUGUAUUUGGAAGCACCACACAACGUUGGCUAUUCCUAUUCCACGGAGCCGAAUGACAACGCUUACACUGAUGAU